AUGGCGGCAUCCGCGCCUAUAAACGACGUACUUUGUGGUGCUGUUGAAUAUUUAGUAAAACUAGGCUGUAAUCUUAGACAGCGUUCGGAGACUUUAAAAAACAAGAGAAUUAACAAGGACAGGUUAAGGAAUUCACAUGCUGUCCAGAAGGGAGCAAAAAAAGUUUUACUUUUGUGCGAAUUGUCAAAGAAAUCGAUUCAUACGGUAGAAUCGAGUGUCGAAGCUAUCUUAUCUCAAAUUUCGAAUUUGCAAGCAAAUACUAACGCCAGCGAGGAGUUGAAAGAAUUAACGCACUAUGAAAGUUUUAUGUUCAAUUCAAAGAGACUGAGAAUUCGUAAAAAGAUUGAUAUCAAACAAUAUACUUCUGCGAAUGUAGUUGUUACUAGAAUGCCCAUCACGGCGUUAGAUAAAUAUCCAGUUCAUUAUGAUUGCAAACUGCUUAGAUUAAGAAUGAAAGUGAAAAAAACAAAUGACAGAGACUGUGAUACUUCUCACUUACAUUCAAGUUCUUAUGGGAAAAGAGAAAAGUCUGUUUCCUUUAAUGAAAAUAUUGUUAUAUGUGAGAAUACCAAGAAAGAUGAUGCAGGAUUAUCUAAUAGUAAAACAGUUUUUCCUAAAUGUAGUGAAAAUCCAGUUGAAGAAGCUCAAAGGAUCAAAAACAUGAAUAAAGCAAACUGUAAUAGUAGUGUAAUGGGCCAUGUGAAAAAAAAUAACGAAGAUGAAUCAACAAUAUUAAAGGAAAGUUUACUUUCUUUUGAAGAAUCAAGAAACCAAAACUAUUUGUUUUCUUCAAAAAAAGAAAUUUCAACUUUGAGUUUGACUAGUAAUGACGUCAACCAAAGCGAGAGUAUAAAUUUAAGUAGUCAUAAAAGUGAUAAAAACAAAUUGUCUGUAUCUAAUGAAAAUUCAGACACAAAUGAUAAAGUAAAUGACAAAAUAAAUUUGUGUUCUCAUAGGAAAGAAGAUAGUACAAGGAUAUUGACAAGUAAUAAUGACAAAAUUCAAAGUGACACAACUUUACAUAGUAAUGGCAAUCUUUGCACUGCAAAUGAACUAAAAUCAUAUGUACCCCAUAAUGUAGAUGAAGAUAAUUUCUUAGAAAACAAUACUCAUACAACUGAAAAUUGUGAAAGUGAUAGAAGUUUAGACUCUAAUUCUUCAAAAAAAACAUUUAUAAAAUGUGUAAAUAUAAAAAAACUGUUGCGGCCGGACGUUAUACCUAAAGCUUUACCCCCAGUAGUAAUUGACAGUGAUAGUGAUAGCAAUAGGUCAAAAAUUAAAUAUCAGACAAAGAGGCAGCAAAUGCAGAAAAAAGUUGAGAGCUUUAAGCCUAAAAAUUUUACAAUAAUUGUAACCAAAUUACCUGAACUGAAUAUUGCAUUCUUAAAAAGUCAUAACUUAAAAAAAAUUAUUCAAAAAGGAAAAAUAAUCUGUGAAGUUUUAGAAUUUCCAAAAAAUUCACCAGAAUUACAGACUGAUAAUCCUGGAAAGGCAAUUAGAUCCAUAUCCAGUAGGCAAGACAACAGCCCAAAGAACAUAGAUUCUAUAAAAAAAUCUCUGGUAAAUGCUUCUGACUCAGAAAAUACAGGUGAAGAUAUCAGGCAAGUGAAAAGUGAAAAUGUAAAAAGAUCACUUUGUGAAUCACAUUCAGACAAAGACAAAACUACUGAAAAGAAGAUGCUGAAUAGAACUGCACCAGAUCCAAUAGAAAAACCUUAUAAUCAAAAUUUCAUAGAUAAUUCUAAACAUUCCGAUGUCUGUAACAGUGGCAUAAAUACUAAAAUAACAAAUAUUGAAUGUAACAAUGACUGUGUCAACUCUGGUAGUGUGUUAACACCCGAAAUAAGUAAUGAAACAACAAGAAGUAAUGCUGAAUCAUUGUUUGACAGCCUAAAGUCACAGAAGCAGAUAGACUCCCCUCCAUCUAAACGCAAGAGAAUUAUGGAAAGCAUACAUGCAAAAAGAAUGUUGCUAGCAUUCUCAUCUAGUUCUGAUACGGAAGAUGAACAGCUAAGAAGUACUGCCAAGCAAAUCCAAAAUGAAUUGCUUAAAGUUGAUAUGAGAUCACCAAAUAAUAAAGAAAAGUGUUAUUUAUCAGAUUCUGAUAAGUCAACCACAUCUAGUAAGAGUAGUAACAAUAGUAUAAAGAAAAAUACAAAUAAAAAAAGGAGGAAUUCUGCAGCAUCAUCUGGGGAAAGCGAAACAGACUAUACAAAGUCGUCUACUAAAAAGAUGGAAGAAUCUAAUGGUAAAUCUAGCAGUGGCAGUCAACAUUUGAGUAGCAGAGAAUCUGAUAAAGAAAUAGAAGGAUUAACGAAUAUCAAGACUUUAAGAAAGUCCGCCCGUCAGCGGUCCCAGCAUCGCAACCGUUGGCGCGAAUUCAGAAUGGCUAGAAUGCCCAAGGCACCUCUGAUAAGCGAGGAGGUGGUGCUGCAAGCGGAGUGUGAAUCGGAUGUAGCCUCGGUCGCGUCUAAUGACGAUUGCGAUGUGGACGAAUUACCCAGAUUGCCCCUAACUACGUUAAAUGGUGACGUCGAGGCAGUCGCUAAAGAAGACUUGUUAGGGGACAGCGAUUCGUCGACGUCGCAUAAUCAAAAUAAAAAUUCACAGGAUGACGAAGAAAUCAAUUCGGAGGGCGAAAAUCUAAAAUCAAAGCGUCGCAAAGCAAACGCGAUAUCAUCAGACUCGGAGGCAGGCUCCUCGCGAAAAAAGGACCCGAAGGUUAGCGAUUUCGAAGAUUCGGAGGACGAUGGCUUAGAACCGGUUAAGAAAAGUAAAAGAAGGAAAAAGGAAAGUGACAGUGACGCUUCUGUUGGCUCGAGUGAUGAGCAUAAGAAGAAAAGACGACGGAUUAAGAAUAUCGAUGACAGUGAGGGUUCGGGAUCGGAGACAGAAAAUGAAGGACGAAAUAAACAUGGGAGAAAGAAUAUUAGAAAGGUUAUGGGUAAAUCUCAGUUGGAGGAGGCGACGAAGAAAGCUGCCCGUGAAGAAAAGGAAAGGAUGGCUCGAAUCGCUGAAAGACAAAAAUUGUAUAAUAAUUUGCAAUUUGACGAGUCUGGCAAACCAGACGAAGUGGUUUUGGACAAAGUGGUCCUUGAUUUCGACCCAGAAACCAAGGAUCCUAUAAUAGAAGUUGACAAGGGCCUAGUGAAGAAGUUAAAACCACAUCAGGCGAACGGUAUUAAAUUUAUGUGGGACGCUUGUUUCGAGAGCGUUAAGCGAAUAAAGAAGGGCAAAGGAUCUGGCUGUAUUUUGGCACAUUGCAUGGGACUCGGAAAAACGUUACAGGUCGUCUCUCUCACUCACACGCUCUUAACUCACAGUGAUCUCACUAGUGUAAAUCGAGUUUUGGUCGUUUGCCCAUUGUCCACUGUAUUAAAUUGGGUGAAUGAAUUCAAGAUGUGGCUGAAACACGCGGAAACUGACUAUGACGUUGAAGUCUAUGAACUAUCCAGAUUCAAACAGAAUUCGGAUCGUGCGUACCAAUUGUCUCAGUGGUAUCAGCAUGGCGGCGUUUGUGUCCUUGGCUACGAGAUGUUUCGCAAUCUCUCGUCGGACAGUAACAAGAAAUUUAAAAAGAAAAUGCUCAAGAACUUUCAGGAAAGCUUAGUUGAUCCAGGUCCGGAUCUGGUAGUCUGUGACGAGGGUCAUCUCCUCAAAAACGAAAAGACCAGCCUGUCGCAAGCUAUGAACAAGGUGAAGACAUUGCGACGUAUUGUUCUCACCGGAACGCCGCUACAGAACAAUCUAAAAGAAUAUUACUGCAUGGUACAAUUUGUGAAGCCGAAUCUCUUGGGAAAGUACAAUGAAUAUCUUAAUCGUUUCGUGAACCCUAUCACUAAUGGUCAGUACACGGAUUCAACGGAACACGAUAUAAAGAUCAUGAAGAGGCGGUCCCAUGUAUUGCACAAGAUGCUCGAUGGUGCUGUACAGAGGCGAGAUUACGGCGUACUAGCCCCAUUCUUACCGCCGAAACACGAGUAUGUUCUCUUUAUUACGCUGACUGAGGUUCAAAUUAAACUCUACACACACUACCUAGAAAACUAUUCACGGAGACCGUUGCCUGGAAAGUCUUCAGGUUUCCUGUUCCCCGAUUUCCAAUCAUUACAAAGAAUAUGGACACAUCCACUCGUGUUAAAGUACAAUUCGGAAAGAUACGAAAUUAUGCAGCAGAAAAAGAGGGAAAGAGAAGAAGAGGAAGAGGACGACUCUGGAGGUUCUCUGGUAGACUUCAUUGAUGAUUCCUCAACAGAGGAAUCCACAACUGAAGAAUCCACGGACGACAUGUCAGAUAUAAGCGAUGACAGUCGCAAGAAGAGUAAGAAAAAGAAGUCGCCUAAGAAAAGUAAAAAGCGUGCAACACGACGCGGUACGCGCGCUAACCCGGUGGAAGCCGAAGACGACGAUGUACAAGAGGUGGAGGAAGUUAGGAACGAGAACCCAACGGAGUGGUGGAUGUCGCUCGUCAACGAGGAGGAACUAGAUGAUAUGCGGAAUUCGCAUAAAUUAAUCUUGCUCUUUGACAUACUGCGACAGUGCGAGGCUAUUGGAGAUAAAUUAUUGGUAUUUUCGCAAUCUCUGUACUCAUUAGAUUUGAUAGAACAUUUUUUGGGAAAAGUAGAUGAAGCAACGCAAGAGGCGCGAGUCGACGAAAAGUUGGGGGGGCAUGUUGGUUCAUGGUCACCUGGCAUAGAUUAUUUCCGGCUGGAUGGUUCAACGUCGUGUGAAAAUAGAUCUAUUUGGUGCAAGAAUUUUAAUAGAGAGGAUAAUCCAAGAGCCAGGUUGUUCCUGAUAUCAACGCGAGCAGGCGGUCUCGGUAUCAACCUUGUAGCAGCAAAUAGGGUUGUUAUUUUUGAUGUCUCGUGGAAUCCCUCCCACGAUGUUCAGAGUAUCUUCAGAGUGUACCGUUUUGGACAGAAGAAGCCGUGUUAUAUCUAUCGGUUUCUAGUUAUGGGCACGAUGGAAGAAAAAAUCUACGAGCGUCAAGUGACUAAGCAGGCGAUAUCGAAGCGUGUUAUUGACGAACAGCAAAUUGACAGGCACUACGCCGAAAACGACCUGGCGGAACUGUACAAGUUUGAGCCUAAACCACCACAGCCCAGGCCAAUACCCCCAUUGCCGAAGGACAGACUUUUCGCCGAGAUGCUAAAGGAACAUGAACAAUUGAUAUACAAAUACCAUGAACACGACUCAUUGCUGGAGAACAAGGAAGAAGAGACCCUCACUGAAGAGGAACGUAAAGCGGCUUGGGAGGACUUUGAAAAUGAAAAGACUCGUCCACCGCCUGUCCCAUUCGCUUCGCCGUAUGCUAUGCACAAUGGAAUGAUGUUGGCACAACAACAACAACUAGCGUUCCAAGCCAUGGCUGCGAUGCUGCGUAAAGAGGCGCCUAAUAUUAGUGAGAAUCAAGUGCGCGAUAUGAUUCCCCUCUUAUAUGGUGCUAACCCACAGCUAAUACAAAAAAUGACCGAAAUGUACAAAUAUCCACAAGCUGGCAUGAUGAAUGCGGGAAUGAUGAACGCAGUUAUGAAUCCCGGUGGAGGAGGUAUGCCAAUGGGUGGAACAAGUGGUAUGCAGUAUGAGCCACCCUGGCAGCGGCAACAGCAGAUGAGACUGCAGCAACUCAUUCAACAACAGAAUCAAAUGGGUGCCAAGUACUAUGCUGGUGGUCUAGGCAGUCGCGAUCCAGUGGCGAUGGCUUUACAGCACCAGAGAGCUCGCGAGAUGAUGUUGGGAGAAAGAUCUAGACCUCGUGGGCGACCACCGAAUCAAACACCGCGUCCAGCACCACAAGAUGUUGUCAAUCUUGACUCUGACUAG